AGAAAUCUGGAUGCACAAAACACCGAAGCACACACCUGGCCUGGGCACAGCAGACAGGUAACACACCUGGGCACAGCGGGCAGGUAACACACCUGGACGCAGCGGAGAGCGGCGCUGACACUGGUGCUGCCUCUGGGGUCUCCUGCUCAUCUUCCUGCUGAGCCGCCAUCGCAGUUGAUGUGGAAUGGAGAGUUUAACGAGAAACACAUACAGUUCAGGUGGGAUGUCAGGACCCUCCAGCAAAGUUGUGACGGAGACUGUAACCACGACAACCAGACUGGCAUCACUGCCUCCCAGUGGCAGUUCGUCAGUAGUGCUGUCCAGCGGCGGUGGGGGGGGCUCUGCUCGCAGUGGGAGGUACAGCUCGUCCACAUCGGGGGCGGCGAGGAAAGGACCGGGCUCUUCGCCGGCCUUCCUGGAGCGCAAGACCAUAACGAGUCGCUCGGGGGGAUAUGAUGGAAGUUCCAGUGGGAACUCCUCUCCUGAAUACACACGGAAGGACUAUGGUUCCGGAAGCCUCUCCACACGAGGGAGGAGCCACACUAGAGAGAGCGAGAUCCGCGCGCGGCUGCAGAGCGCUUCCCCGUCCACGCGCUGGACGGAGCUGGACGAUGUGAAGAGGCUGCUGAAGGGGAGUCGCUCCUGCAGCGUGAGCCCGACACGCUCCCCCUCCAACACGCUGCCCAUCCCCAAGAAGGCGAGCGUGGAGCCCAGGAUGGGGUCGGACGCCUCCCAGUCAGUGCCGGCGCAGUACGACACCAUGGUUCUGAGCUCUGCUCUACCCUCCUACGUGUGGACAAGCACGCUGCCCUCGGGGGGCUACCGCACGACCCCCAACAACCUGUCCCCCACCACAGCACCGCCCUCCAUCGCAGCUCUCGGGCUGCACAACAACCUGUCCUUCGGCUCCUUGCCUGCCAACAGCGCCAUUUCCAGCAGCACCAGCAGCAGCGGCGGCAGCGCAGGGUACGGCGUGAAGAACAGCCUGGCCGGCACGUCCAGCAGCGUUCUGAGCUCCGCAGCAGUCAACACCAACGCGGGCUCAGGUUAUGGGGUUCAGAAGAACGUUUCUUCGACCGUGAAUGCUGUCAGUACAGUGGUCUCUGCAUCUCCAGUUGCCACCUCUAGGUCGCAAGAUGAUGAUAUGCUCCUGAAGGACUACAAAUUCCUCCUGCUCGAAAAAGAGAACGUCCCGGUCAAGAAGGACAUGGAGCUCCUCAUUAUGUCCAAAGACAGUGGGAAGCAGUUCACUAGCUCCCCCUUCAGGACAAGAGGAGGCUCCUUCUCUGAUGACUCCCUGAAAAAGGAGAAGAUGGUAUCGAGCUAUGCAGAGCCGGCAGUUCUGAAGGCCGGCAGCCAAACCAACUAUGGAUCAGCAAAGACAUACACAAAGGACAAGGCCACGUACGCAGAGAUCCGUAAGGAGGAUGACUGCAUGGGGGGUGGAGCAGGGUGCUGUGCUGGAGACUCCUGCUGCAGUUGGUGGAAGUGGCUGCUGGGAUUGCUGUUCCUGGGUCAGCUCUUCGGGCUCAUUGCCCUGGCGGAAGACGUGAGGAAGCUCAAAGCUCAUGUGAACACCAUGAGUAGCUCGACUGCCAUUAGCCUCCAAGAAGUGGACCCACAGAACCUACAGAGCACAGUGCGGGACAUAGUGAGGUCUGAGGUGAACUCUGAAGCGAUCAGAGCUCUUCUGAAGGGAGAACGAGGAGAGCCGGGACUCAAAGGUGACACGGGACUUCCGGGACAGAAAGGAGACGCCGGCUUCCCCGGUGUGCCAGGUUCACCAGGUGCCACUGGACACAUGGGUCUGGAAGGACCUAAAGGUCAGAAAGGAAAUGCAGGGGAUCCAGGCCCUGAGGGACCAUCUGGGCCAAGAGGGCGAGAAGGUCCUGUUGGACCCCGUGGAGAUGCUGGACCUCCAGGCUUCGGAGAGAAGGGAGAGAGAGGAAUCCCUGGUGUUCCUGGCAGUACUGGACCUGUUGGUUUGAUUGGUCCAAUGGGACCCAAAGGGUCGAUUGGAGCACACGGUCCCCCAGGUCCCCCAGGAGAACCAGGACCUCAGGGCUUCCGUGGAGAAACAGGACCUACUGGACUCAAAGGGGAGCGUGGAGCCAAUGGGGCACCGGGAGCCAAGGGUGAUCUUGGAGAGAAAGGCAUACGUGGAGCUCCAGGUGACCCUGGACUCCCGGGACUCCCAGGCCCCACAGGGGAGAAAGGAACCAAAGGAUCUACAGGAAACCCUGGAAGUGACGGAGAAAAAGGUACCAGAGGUGACCAGGGGCCAAUCGGACUUCCUGGGAUCAGGGGUCCAGCAGGACCUCCAGGUGAUGCGGGACUUCCAGGAUCCCCUGGACUUCAAGGACCACCAGGAAUCCCAGGCAAUCCUGGUCAGCCAGGACUCAAAGGUGAUCCAGGUGAACCUGGAAGAAUCAUUAAUCCAGGUGGCGCCAACUCUGUGGUAGUUCCUGGACCUCCAGGGAGUCCUGGGCCACCUGGUCCUCCUGGACAACCAGGACUGUCAGGUCCCAUUGGUCCAGCUGGACUUCCCGGACAACCUGGUCCUAAAGGUGCUAAGGGAGACCAGGGAGAAAAAGAAGAAGCUGGAUCAUAUCCUGACAAUGGUAAAGGUUCAGCAGGACCCCCAGGUCCUCCUGGCCCACCUGGACCACCUGGCCAUGCAGGAGACUAUGUGCAAGGCCCCCCAGGACCCCCUGGUCCACCAGGAAAACCAGGGUUUGGCCAACCUGGUCCCCCAGGGCAGAAGGGAGAGCCAGGUAGCUUUGUGCCAAAUUCAGGAACAUUCUUUGCUGGACCUCCUGGACCUCCUGGACCAAAAGGAGCACAAGGUAUCCAGGGACAAAGAGGGUAUCAAGGAGAACCAGGUCAACCUGGUCUUUCUGGGCCACCAGGCACCCCUGGAGAUCCUGGACGAGGGUCUCCAGGUCUUCCUGGAUCCCCUGGACCUAUGGGUCCUCCUGGUGCUGCUGGACCACCUGGCCCCUCAGGUCCAAAAGGACCCAAAGGUGAUGCUGGAGUACCAGGCGCCCCAGGGAUCCCUGGUUCUUCCAGAGGUGGUGUCUCAAGAGUGUCCCAAGGACCCCCGGGCCCCCCUGGGCCUCCCGGACCCCCAGGUCGCUCAGGUGACGGAGCCCUGGGGACAGAUUUCCGUCAGCACAUUGUGGAGUAUCUGCAGAGCGAUGCCCUCAGGCCUUACAUGAUUGGCCCCCAGGGUCCCCCGGGUCCCCCAGGUCCCCCAGGACUCUCAGCCGGAUCACAUUCUGUGGAGGACUUGGCCUCUCGAGUUGUUGCGUACAUCCAACGUUCUGGCAUCGUCAUUGGUGCUCCGGGUCCUGCGGGUCCUCCUGGGUCCGUGUCCAUCAGUGACAUCAUCGCCCUCAUACAGAGAGAUGAAGUACGAAAGUACCUGAUUGGUCCCCCUGGGCCUCCUGGACCAGCAGGGGGCAGCGUUCAUGCCUCCUUUAACAUACAGGAAGUGGCAAACCGGGUCCUGGCGCUCAUGAACGAACGUGGGAUGGUUGGAGUUCCUGGACCUCCUGGCCCUCCUGGUCCUCCAGGCCUUCCUGGAUCUGUAUCUAGCCACUUGCCCACAUUAGAAAAGGUUGAGUAUAUGCCGCGACCAGGACCUCCAGGUCCACCAGGACCCCCAGGGAACAGAGGACCCCCUGGGCCAGUUGGACCUCCAGGCAUUGUUGCUGGUGGCGCCAGAUACAGUCUGGAAGACGUCAAGGUCUACCUACAAGAUGCAGGGUUCACUGGCCCUCCCGGCCACCCUGGACCCCCAGGACCAAUGGGUCCUCAAGGGCCUCCUGGGGACUCUAGAGGACUGGUGUCAUACACGGGACAGUCGCAACAAGACUGGAUACAUGCCUAUCUGCAGCAGUACUUCAGCAGUGACAGUGUACGACGCUCUAUCACCGGCCCCCCAGGGCCCCCAGGACCCCGUGGAGAAAAAGGAGAGUGCUGUGAUAGUGGGCACAACCUAGGGGUCGAACGCAGCUACGGUCACAGCACAGCCCGUGGGUACAGCCAAGACGGCGCCAACAGCCGAGACGGCGACAACAGCUACCGUCCAGGUGGCGUGCGUGGCUAUGGCGAUCGUGCUUAUGGCUACAAUGGACAAUGGACGGAGACACUGGACUACUCUAAUGUAGCUGCGAAGGUAGCUGAACACAUCAAGACUCAGGGACUGCUGCAGGACAUCCUCUCCGAGGACAGGCGCCUAGGGGAAUGGCGAGGUGUCCAAGGACCCCCAGGACCACCUGGACCUCGAGGGCCUCCAGGACUAAGCCGCAUUAUUGGCUAUCAUGGCAACGUAACGGCAGAUCUCGUGGACUUCUUCAGAACACACGGAGCCAUUAUGGGCCCACCGGGGCCCAAAGGCGAGAGGGGAUACCCUGGGCAGAAAGGAGACAGAGGGGUAAUGGGACCGCAAGGCAUCAUGGGUCCACAGGGACGGCCAGGCCACCCAGGCCCCCGGGGCGAGAAGGGUGAGAAAGGGGAGCAGCUCGUCGUCGGCCGUCGGAAGAGGAGCCUGGGGGUGUGAUUUGCAGACCCCCCCUGGACACCAGGGGCCAAUGUGAGCCCUCACCUGCAAACCUGCAUUUCUUUUAGUUCAUUACAGCAUGUAGGAAGCAGCUUCAAUCAAACAGCAUCGCAAUAGUUGCUUGACUUUUACCUGCACAACUGUGAGUUUUAGGCGGAGCCACCUGCUCAUAAAGGAAAAAGAAAAACUGGAGGUGUGAAUUUCACAGUGAUUAUUCACAGGGAAAGGAAAUCUUCAACAUGAGUGAACCAAAACAUUUUGGAACUUAAUCCUUUGUGAAGAUAUCGCCAAUAUUGGUUACAAAAAGUGGAUUGAAAAUGCUGAUAUGACUUGUGCCAGUGCAGGAAAUAGUUUAAUUCAUAGCAUUUAACCUUUGAACCUUUAGUGGCAUCUGCGCACACAUAACACUAACAUUCUCACCUCUGCUUGUUGGAAACUUUCUGCAUGUCAUUUACAUUUGAACACAAAUGGACCAGUUCUGUAUUCUGUCAUAAUAAACCUGUUCCAGAGGAGUCAUUUUUUAUAUUUUCAUUUCCACUUUGUUUCUUGAGCUUUUUGUACUCCAAAAUCUGCAUUAAAGUGAAGAACCAAAA